AUGGCAUCGGUGGCGUCGGCCGUGGAGCGUCUCGUAGCCCUCAUCCCCGAACCGAUUACGACGCCAAAACCGGUGAUAGUACAACCGAAUUUCCCGAGACCGCCCCCGGUGUCGAGCUACGAGUUCAACCCGAUUGGGCCCACGAGGGGGCCGCUGCCCUCGAGGCGGCCAUUCUUUUCGACCACGUCUUCAAAACGCCAGAAGAGUGCCCCAGAGGUCCUCCAGGUCCUCCUGGAGAACGAGGAUCCGAUGGAUCGGCUGGAGAAGACGGAAAACCCGGCCCCGCCGGAAAUGACGCCGAAGACUUGCAGCCGCCCGGGCGAUCGAGGAGCUGAUGGAGAAGCCGGGCAAGAGGGCGCCGAAGGACCAGCAGGAGAUCGAGGAGAGGAGGGUGAACCGGGUGCCGACUCGGAAUAUUGCCCGUGCCCGCAUCGCGUCUACUCCCGCGUCGAGCUGCUCCGAUCGAUUGUG